UACAAACUUCCAAACGAAUUCUUAUUCAUACUCCUCGCUAUGACCGUUGCUGUCGCUAAUCGUGCGCCCGAGCCCGUAUUUCGCGUAAUCUUAUCGAAAUGUGCUCAAUGUUGAAUGCCAUUACUAUACUCUACUCGUAUUGAUAGAUACAAAAUAAACGGCGAUCAAAUCUAGUGCGACCAGCCGCUGUACCCGGCGCUAUGAAAACGCACGACGAAACCGGUGGUUUUGUCCUUUUUGUUUCAACGGUGCUUUGUAAGCGGCUACGGCAUAGGGCUACCUUUGCCAUGUGCGUCAGAUAGUGUUGUGCUCCUAUUAGUUUUUGGACAAACUAAUAUGCUAGCUGGUGGAAUCUUACUGUGCUUAUAUUGUGUGGUGAGCGCAGUGUUUGGUGAAUCAUAAGUGGCGUUAACAUGAAGGUGACGGUGUGUUUUGGUUCCGUACGAGUGUUGGUACCUUGCGGCGCUGGCGACCUGUUGGUCAGGGACCUCGUACGGGAAGCUACUCACCGAUACAAGAAAGCUACCGGGCAGGGUCCGGAGACAUGGGUCGGCGUGCGGGCACUACGCGCCAGCUCCGGCGGUAUCUUAGACCCCGACGACCGCGUGCGCGACGUGGCGGAUGACCGCGAGACUCUGACGGCAGAGUGCACGAACCAAGCGCCCACAAGACCUGCACCAGCAGAUGGCGCCAGCGGAUCCUCUGCCGGCACCGCCUCCCCCGAUAUGUUUCGAGGGGGUGGCGGCGUCGGUGGCAGCAUGCGAGUGCCGAACUCGGACUCUUGCGUGGAGGUGGGCGCCGCAGACCUGGAGGAUGGAGCCAACGGGCUGCAGGUGCGGCGAGGGAGCGAGCCUACGUUGCAUCAAGACACGUUACCGCCGCAGAGACAGGUAACUGACCAGACGAAGCGAUGGUCAGCGGCGGUGGUAUGCCGAGACGACGGGGUGAGCAGCCGAGUGACGCACAAAGUGCACCCUCUUGACGGCCGCCCGCCAGACCCGACACCCGACCGACACGGCCAACACUUCCAAAGACAAUCCAACCGUUUGUCAAUGCAGUUUUCUGGACCAGGGAGUGGAGUGUGGUUAGAUGCUGCUGAUAAAGUCCAAAUAUACGGCAGUAAAAGUCUUCCUAGAGAUGCAAGAAAAGAACCUUUAGGGCAAGAUACUCCAUCUAUGAAUGGCCAAAACCGGGUGGAAGAAACGCUGCGAUGGGUAUCAGGAGUCAAUAAUGUGGCAAACGUACAGCCAGUGCAAGAAAGGCAGCUUGAUUUAUUUCCCACAGGUAAUAGUGAAAGGGCGAUAUCAAGCAUGGAGGUGCCAGUCAGUCCCAGCAGUAAACCAAUAACGGGCGCCAUGCAAACUGUUCCGGUGACGCUGGUAAAGGGAGAGAAGGGUCUGGGCUUCACCAUCACCACGAGGGACAACCCCACCGGAGGACAUUGUCCUAUUUACAUUAAGAAUAUUUUGCCAAAGGGUGCUGCAGUGACAGAUGGUCGGUUACGUGCUGGAGACCGAUUGGUGUCCGUCAACAAGGUGCCAGUCGCGGGGCUCACUCAACAGCAAGUGGUCACGCUACUCCGAAAUACUCCCACGGACGCGGCGGUCGACAUAGUCGUCGAACGCAUACAUCCGCACCGGACGCAGAGGGUAGAACCUCAACAGAGUCCGACCAAGUACGUAGAAAAGUCCAUCGGAUCGGCGCCCAUCAUACAAGCUAAGCCAAUAGAAACCAACAAAAACGAGAACGGCCGCGUGUCGAAUAUGGUGAACGCUAUCAACCAGAAUAACCCCACUUCCAACAGUUCUGUGAGGGGACGGAUACCAAAGAGCUCGUCGAAAGAUGACCUGCUAAAGGACCAGUCGAUCGACACAGCGAUACAGGAAGCUUUAAAUUCAUCGUCGAGUUCGCUGCUAGGUCUCCGGAAUCGCUUGAUCAUGAGGCUAGACGUGCCAGUCUACGACUCAGAAAAGGCCGGGCUCGGAAUUAGUGUGAAGGGAAAAGUGACUGUUGGGCCGGAUCCACAUGACUUGGGCAUCUUCAUCAAAUCGGUGCUGCAUGGAGGUGCCGCGUCCAGAGAUGGGAGGUUACACACAAACGACCAGCUGCUAAGUGUGAACGGUGUAUCACUUGUGGGGCAAUCAAACGCUGAGGCAAUGGAGACUUUAAGGCGAGCGUUACUGCAUUCUAAGCCCAAUGUUCACGGCAGCAUAUCCUUAACAAUAGCGAGGAGGACUGAUAGUAUGGAUAGCUUAGCAAGAUGGAAAGAUGAUACUCCACCAAACGGAAACGAUACGACAAACUCUAACGAAAACAGUAACUCGCAGAAUUUCAACACUGUCAUAUAUAACACAACCCACGACAAAGAAAACAAACCGCUAGAUAAUUACAACCAAAAACUUGAGGCUAACCAAAAAGAUGGUUUUGACAACCACGAAGUGAGAAGUACGAAAAAACAUGCGUCAAUAAUCACGAUAAACAACAACAACAGUUGGGUUUCCAACCAAUCGGACGACAGUAAAGGAUAUUUAGAAAGGGACAAAGAUACGAUUCCCCAUGACAGUAAAAGAGAUAGCUUCGAAUGGAGUCGACUCGAUGGAUGGAAUCCAGUGAUCGAUCGGUUGACUGGUCUUCGAAAUGAAAGUUAUUAUAUGGCGACUCAGUUGGACGUUCCAGUUGCAAACGGGCACCAUUACAGACCUAAUUUGGGACAUGUGCAUAUGGCUCGGUCGCCUCCCGCUCAUCACAAUGUAAUUAUUGAAGAGGACUAUGGAACGAGGGGUAGCACAGCGGGUGAAUCCGGCAGUGAGAGCGGCGGGGGUGCAUUCAGCAGAGACGCGGUGGGGCGGCGCUCGAUGUCAGAGAAGAGACAUGCGGCGCUAGAUGCGCGCGCGACUGGCACUUAUCGCAAGAUCAAGGAGACCAAAGCUAUAAAUGCGAUGCAAGUCGGACCAGCGCUGGGAAUGCGGAAAUCAUCAAGCUUAGAAUCUCUUCAAACCGCCAUCCAGGAAACUCAAAGGAAACCGAUCCGGAACGAACCAAUAUACGCGAGGGCUCACCCACCUUUAAAGCACUGGCUGACGGAUGACAACACUGCGCCCGAAAUUGUACGAGGCUCCCCGCAACAGUCUUCACUCUCACACAAAAAGCCUUCGCUACUCAAAUCUUUGUCUACUAUGUUCAGAAUCGGCAAGCCGAGUAACAAAAAGACCGAGUCCGAUUUGUACGGACGCUCGCAGCCGGGGAGGUCGUCCGAGAAGUCGAUAUCGCGAGACGUAUUGGAGAGACACAGCAGAAUCGACGAGCGGAUAGAAGAGUCAGAGCCCGCACUGCCCGCCAGGGAGGAGAAUCGAUCACAGAGACAAGGCAGCUCGGAGAGAAAUUCGCGAUCGGAGAGAAGAAGUGGACCGCGCUCGCACGGACGCACUGCACCCGCACCUCAGGCAAUGGACAGCGCCUGGGGUCCAACCGGACAUUAUGUUAAUUAUGAGGAGAUCCAACAAAAUCUCAAUGAUGUGUACAGUGCCCGUCGCGAGAAGCUGAGUGAGGUGCAGAUCGGCCAAGUACGGCGCGGUGUGCAUCGGGAACCAACGCAAAUCGAUGACAGCCGUCGAGUGGGCGCGGCUGGCUACCAUUCCCAGCGAUCAUGCAAGGAGAGCGGAAUACGUCCCCAGUCUAACUACUACGAGUAUGAGAGCGCACCACCACCUCGCAGGCCCGGCAAACUGUCCCACUACCACUGAAGACUGGCAAUCGGUAAUCACUAUCGAUAUUAUCCUCCAUACAGAUGAGCUCGAGUGCUGCGACUGUAAAGAUUCCAAACGCCUCAUUAUUGAUAUCGUUUUGUGAAAACAACCAGAAUAUUAUUAAUAUUAGCAAUAGAAAAGUCCCACUCGGUAGUUGUUCAUUCUCCAAAAUGCUUGAGAGCUCCAGCUAUGGUCUGUAGGGAUUCCUGACUCCUCACAGAAGAUUUUUGGUGAUAAGAAAUAUUUCUAGACUUAUGGUAGGUAACGUGUAGCAUUCAAAUAAUUGUUUUGUGAAAGCAACCAGUUUUCCCAGUGAUUCCCACAGUUUGUUGUUAAUUUUGUAUUUGGCAAAUUUAAUGUGGUUAAAUUAAUUAUUAUUGACAUGUAAAAUUGACAAUAAUAAUUAAUUUAACCACACAUUGGUAAAGGAUGAAUGCAAUUUUAUCGUAGCUAUACUAUUUAAACAUUUAAAUGUGCUCGAGUAUCUCUAACGCGUGAACCGAUAAACCCCACUUCCCUGCGAGUUUCCCGCCGUAUGUUCUUUAUUGUGUAAAUACGAGCGCUACCCAACUGUAUGAUUACUAAACAACGGCAUUUUGCUGUACUGUGAAAGUGUAAUAAUUCGUCAAUAAUAUGUUAUAAAGGUACCCACAUUUUGUAAUAAAAUACAUACGUAACUUAUUCAUUAGAAAUACCCUUACAAUCAAUUCUAUUCAACAUUUUAUUAGUUAAGUUUUAUUAGUCAUGCAAAUAAAAUAUAUUACGCUCCGUAUUAUGUAGCCUUCAUUUGACAUUAGUAAUCGUUUACAUCAAUAGGGUUAUUUAUACAUCUGUGAUUCAACUGCCUUUGAUUAGACCUAACUCAUUAACCGUCCUUUCAUAAAAUAAUUCGAAGUUAUAUUUAGAUAAAUUAUUAAUAUUUUAAUAGACUGGUAAGAAUUCCAUAAACAGUAAAGGUUGGUUUGGAGCAAGGCAGGCAUUAGGCAGUCAGGUGCUAUGAAAUGAUAAAAAGAACCUCCUCUGAUAUAAAUUAUUAAAUAAAUCGGAGAAGGCAGUUCUUUUACUUUUGUAAUAACUGCAAAUCUCCGGAUUCAGGCAAUACUACAGUUUGUUGUUUUCCGGGAAAAAAAAUAAUUUCUAUAACACCUAGCAUACCUAUUACCAUACGAGUAUGUAUGGUCGUAAUGACUUGGCGAGACAAAGCUUUGAAUCUUAUAGUUAGUUUCCUUACUAAAUUAAUGCGUACCACUUCGCGUUUUUUUAAUGAUGAAAUUGGAAACACGAAUCCCAAAUCGGUUGAUACGUCGGUUAGGUACGCAUUCGGCGCUAAAGGCUACAUUCUAUACUUACUUUUUUCGGUGUUAAUGUAUACUUAACCGAUACGUUAUAUAAGGCAUUAAAACAGCUCUAUCCAUCGUCUAUUUUACUCUUCUGGAAUUUGAAAAGAUAAUUUUGGAUAGGGUGUUUAGAAAAUAUUCAAUUUAGUUUCGCCUUCACCUUUGUACUAUCGAAACGUAUGAAUGGUUAUGUUCGAAAUAAUACAAUUAUAUUUGCAAUGCAUAAUUUAUUCUCAUGUUGUGCCAUUGCUAUGAUGAUUGAUGGGUUACAUUGACACUUUUAUUUCUUUUAUCUUGGUGUUUCUACUAUUGACUAUGUUUUAUAUAUUAUUAUUAAAUAUUAUAUUUUUUUUGGUAUGUGGAACAUAAAUGCUAAAGUUGGCAAAUAAGAGAAAAGAUAACCGGGCAGUCUUUUUUCCCUCUCACGCAAAUUAAAAAAAAACCAUAGUUUGUUAUCUUUGUUUAGACUAAACUGAUCUAAAAAUGGUUAGGUAAGUUUUUCAAUCAAGGAGCACUGAGAUAAGAAAGACCCUUCUGUUAAACCUUAAAGUUUAGUUUAGAUUUUGUUAAAACUUAAACUGAAAAAGCACCAAUGUAAUGCAUCAUGGAAUGGACUUUUAGUAGGUUCAUAAUAAUUUGGCUAUAAAGAUUAAACUUAACAUCCUCAUAAAGAGUUGUAUACGACUCAAACUCGUUUCUGCCAUAACAUAUUAAUAUGUACGUAUUGAUAAAUAAAUAAUUGGCAGUAUAUGAGGAAAAUUACGCAAAGAAUUAAGAUAAGGUAUUAAAAACCAAUUGGCAAAAAUAUUUCAUGAUACAAACGGAAGAAUUGUUCAGUUUUAUAAUUUAUGGUUAACCCAAAAACUUCUGUAAGUAUUUAUUUUUAUGGUUCUCAAAA